AUGAAAGAUAAAUCGUCUCUUAGUAAAUAUGAUUCAAACCGCCAAUGUAACGUUUUUCUUCCCGGGAAUUCUGUUCUGUCUAAUACGAACACGUCACCUUCUCUUCAUUCAUUUAUAGCCGCUCUCUCACUCUUUUUUUUUUUUUACCGACCGCUAAACCCCGCGGAUUUGUCGCUGCCUAACAAGUUAAGACCGCUAAAAACAGCGGUUCAGUCACUGCCUAAUAAGUUAAGACGGCUAAACACCGUGGUUCUGUCGCUGCCUAACAAGUUAACACCGUUAAAUCUCGUUGUUCUGUCAGUGCCUAACAAAUUAAGAACGCUAAACCCCGUGGUUCUGUCACUGCCUAACAAAUUAGGAACGCUAAACCCUGCGGUUUUGUCGCUGCCAGACAAGUUAAGACCGCUAAACCACGCGGUUCUGUCGCUGCCUAACAAGUUAAGACCGCUUAAGCCCGCGGUUCUGUCGCUGCCUAACAAGUUAAGAACUCUAAACCUCAGGGUUCUGUCACUGCCUAACAAGUUAAGACCGCUAAACCCCGCGUUUCUGUCGCUGCCUAAGAAGUUAAGACCGCUAAACCACGCGUUCUUUAGAUCGCGAAACCACGCGGUUCUGUCGCAGGCUAACAACUUAAGUCGGCUAAACCCCGGGGUUCUGUCACUGCCUAACAAGUUAAGACAGCUAAACCACGCAGUUCUGUCGCUGCCUAAUAAAUUAAGAACGCUAAACCCCGUGGUUCUGUCGCUGCCUAACAAGUUAAGACCGCUAAAACUCAGGGUUCUCUCGCUGCCUAACAAGUUAAGACUGCUAAACCCCGUGUUUCUGUCGCUGCUUAACAAGUUGAGACCGCUAAACCCCGUGGUUCUGUCACUGCCUAACACAUCUGUUCAUUAUCUCUCUCUCUCUCUCUCUCUCUAUCUAUCUAUCUAUCUAUCUAUCUAUCUAUAUAUAUAUAUAUAUAUAUAUAUUAAUCCCAUCCUGUUCAUAUUUAUCAAUCUAUCCCAUUCUGUUCAUAUCAUCUAUCUAUCUAUCUAUCUAUCUAUCUAUCUAUCUAUCUAUCUAUCUAUCUAUCUGUUUUGGUCUGUUCAUUAUCUCUCUCUCUCUCUCUUUCUCUCUCUCCCCCUCUCUGUUUGUCUGUCUGUCUCUCUCUUCUUUAUAUAUAUAUAUAUAUACAUAUAUAUUUAUAUAUUAAUCCUAUUCUGUUCAUAUUUAUCAAUGUAUCCCAUACUGUUCAUAUCUAUUCAUCUAUCUAUCUAUCUAUCUAUCUAUCUAUCUAUCUUCAUCUAUCUAUCUGUUUUGGCCUGUUCAUUAUCUCUCUCCUUUUUCUCUCUCUAUCUUUCUCUUUCCAUAUAUAUAUAUAUAUAUAUAUAUAUAUAUAUAUAUAUAUAUCAAUCCCAUUCUGUUCAUAUUUAUCAAUCUAUCCCAUUCUGUUCAUAUCUAUCUAUCUAUCUAUCUAUCUAUCUAUCUAUCUAUCUAUCUAUCUAUCACUUUUCUCUGUCACUCACACACCGUACUCAAGGCUUCCCAGAUAUCACCAGACUCAGUAAACGUUUUGCGUUAUCUAUCUAUCUAUCUAUCUAUCUAUCUAUCUAUCUAUCUAUCUCAGUCUGUUCAUAUCUAUCUAUCUAUCUAUCUAUCUCUCUCUCUCUCUCUCUCUCUCUCUCUCUCUCUCUCUCUCUCUCUAUCUAUCUAUCUAUCUAUCUCAGUCUUGCUUGGGUGAAAUGA